AUGAGGCCGUUGAUGUUCGAUGGCCCGAUGCGAGGAAUGCCCAUGCUACGGCUCUGCGAUACCCCACAGUCAAACAAGACAAACAAUCCACCGUCCGUGCAAGACAUCUUUGGCUCCAUCCUGGAGCAGCCUCCGAAGAUGGCCUGGCUCGCCGUCGUUGGCAGUGUCUUCUACUACAUCCUCCUGCCUUUCACUGUUCUCUCGCGCUGGUUGCUCGUCGCCCUUGCACCCGCAUUCUACCUAGGGAGCUUCAUUUUGUCUGCCAUGCUAUUUCCUUUAAGGUCGCUAGCUAAACUUGAGACCCUCUACAUCUACCUUGGAGUCGCAGCAUUGAUUGGCCUUGUCACAGGCUCUUUACUGCAUCUAUCCUCAACCGUCCUCGCAUCACUUUUCAACUUAACCCCCACACUGGAAGAAAAAGGCCGAUCAGCGGUUUCCGUGCGUCGUGUAAAAGAGCAGAGGAAGCUUGAGGAAGUGUGGCAGAGCUCGUCUUCCGCAGGAGAUCGGGCCAGGUUGCGCUCUGAUCCUUCACUGGAGAGGAAAUAUGCAGAAUGGCUGGAGAAGGAUGUCGGCAAACGCAAAGAGGAUCAAGGUUUGCUUGGACAGACGAUAAUUGAGGAGGAUGACGAUUCCGAGGCUGGAUUUUGA